AUGCCUACAAUGGCUCAAGUGGUUCGAAAUGCCUACAACCAAAGGGCAUUAGAGGAAGAGACAUCCAAUGGAUUCAAUAUCUACAUGGCAUGGCACACAUGUGGUAGUUUGGAGCUUAUUACAUCCUCGGAUGUAUUUGUACCAUCUUCAAACCAGACAACAGAAUCCCAACAACUCUCACUCUUUGGGGGACCAACGGUGUUUCUCACCGGCCCAGCAGCAAAUAAGUUCAUCUUCUCUAGUGACUCGCUCACUCUUAAGCAGCCACAGUCCAUCACAAGGAUCAUUGGAAGCCAGAACAUGAUGGAACUUAUAGGUGCUGAUCAUAAGAGGGUUAGAGGUGCAGUCAGUUACUUCUUGAAACCUGAGAUCUUGAGGAAGUAUGUUGGUAAAAUUGAUGAAGAGAUCAGACAACACUUCAGAACCAACUGGUUGAGCCAUCAACAAGUUAAGGUUUCACCAUCAAUGAAGAGUUUGACAUUCAAUGUCAUUUGCUCCACAAUAUUUGGGAUUAAACAAGGAACAACCAGAGAAGCUCUAGUAAAUGAGUUCAAUAAGAUGUUGGCUGGAAUGUGGGCAGUGCCUAUAAACUUGCCCUUCACUCACUUCCAUAACAGCUUGAAAGCGAGAGAAAAGGUUGGGAAGAUACUCAACAGAAUCAUAGUAGAGAAGAGGAGUGCAUUGCAGAGAGGUGAGUGUUCCUCAGAGGACGAAGAUCUCAUAACUUACUUAAUUAGCUUGGGUGCUGAUAAAGGAGAGACCUUAACUGAGGAAGAGAUCCUGGACAAUGCCGUGCUUUUGAUGAUCGCCGGACAUGAUACAACGGCUAUCGUUCUCACUUUCAUUGUUCGGCAGCUCGCCAAUGAUCCAAUCAUUUAUGCUAGUGUUGUCAAUGAACAAGAAGAGAUAGCUAAAACUAAAGCACCAGAGGAGGCUUUAACAUGGGAUGAUCUUCUUAAGAUGAAGUAUACAUGGAGGGUAGCUCAAGAGAUUUUGAGGACAAUUCCUCCACUCUUUGGUGGAUUCAGAAGAGUGAUCAAAGAUGUUGAAUUUGGUGGUUAUCUCAUCCCCAAAGGAUGGCAAGUAUUUUGGAAUACAAGCGUAACACACAUGGAUGAAAGUAUCUUCAAAGAACCUGAAAAGUUCAAUCCGUUGCGCUUCAAGAAGCAAUCUGAGAUUCCACCAUACUGUUUCAUUGCAUUUGGAGCAGGACCAAGGAUAUGUCCAGGCUAUGAGUUUGCUAAGACAGAGACACUGGUAGCAGUGCACUAUAUGGUCACUAGAUUCAAAUGGAGUUUAUGUUGCAAAGAUGAUACUUUUGUUAGAGAUCCAAUGCCAUCUCCAAAGCAGGGACUCCCUGUUCUGAUUGAAGUCAAGGCUAGUCUAUAA